GGCCGGCUCUUCCGCGCCGAGGCCCCGCCUCUCCUUCCCUCUCCUCCUGUCCUUUUGCAGGAGGGAAGCAGGCAGCGAUCUGAGGGGCGUCCAAGCGGUAGCGCGGGCACGCUCCUCUCGGGAACUGGCCGACGUGGAGAGGGAGGACCCAGAUUCUCACUGCUCCGAUUGCUGUGGCCAGCCGUCCUUUCUCGCCAUGUCCCACAGCAGGCAUCGUGCCGAGGCCCCGCCGCUGCAGCGCGAGGACAGCGGGACCUUCAGUUUGGGCAAGAUGAUAACAGCUAAGCCUGGGAAAACACCGAUUCAGGUAUUGCACGAGUACGGCAUGAAGACCAAGAACAUUCCAGUUUAUGAAUGUGAAAGAUCCGAUGUGCAAGUACACGUGCCCACUUUCACCUUCAGAGUAACCGUUGGUGACAUAACUUGCACAGGUGAAGGGACGAGUAAGAAGCUGGCGAAGCACAGAGCUGCAGAGGCUGCCAUAAACAUUUUGAAAGCCAAUGCAAGUAUUUGCUUUGCAGUUCCUGACCCCUUAAUGCCUGAUCCAUCCAAACAGCCAAAGAACCAGCUGAAUCCAAUUGGCUCAUUACAGGAAUUAGCAAUUCACCAUGGCUGGCGGCUUCCUGAAUAUACCCUUUCCCAGGAAGGAGGACCCGCUCAUAAGAGAGAAUAUACCACGAUUUGCAGGCUAGAGUCAUUCAUGGAAACUGGAAAGGGGGCAUCAAAAAAACAAGCCAAGAGAAACGCUGCUGAGAAAUUCCUCGCCAAAUUUAGUAAUAUUUCUCCAGAGAACCACAUUUCUCUAACGAAUGUGGUCGGACAUUCCCUGGGAUGCACUUGGCACUCCUUGAGGAAUUCCCCUGGUGAAAAGAUCAACCUCCUGAAAAGGAGCCUCCUCAGUCUGCCCAACACAGACUACAUCCAGCUGCUCAGUGAGAUAGCCAAAGAGCAAGGCUUCAGUAUAACAUACUUGGAUAUAGAGGAGCUGAGUGCCAACGGGCAGUAUCAGUGUCUCGCAGAGCUGUCCACCAGUCCCAUCACCGUGUGUCAUGGCUCAGGCAUCUCCUGUGGCAAUGCCCAGAGUGACGCCGCUCACAAUGCCCUGCAGUAUCUAAAGAUAAUAGCAGAAAGAAAGUAGGCUCGGAGCAACUGAGGAAGUCUUUCCAAAGCGCAAAGAAGUUUCCCUUGCGCCUCUUCCCAGUAAAACAUUUACCGUAAUGUACGUCUGAGUGUCCUUUCCAAAUCCUCUUCGGAUUCCCUCAACUUCCCAGAUUUAAUCGUCUCCUGGUAGUUGUUAUUAAGCUCUUUUUAAUGGCUUCAACUUUGUAUUGGUAUAUUGUGUUUAUAAACUUUGUACCACAAGACUGAGUGUGGCAUCCAUUUUACAGGGUCAGACACAUAGGUUGAACCUGCAUGUUUGACUGUAAGAGUGAAGGGAUAAGAGCACUGCUAGCAACAGUCUUACUGGUGCUCAAACUCUUCUGUGCAAAGCUUUGUGAAGUGGAUUCUGAAGAACCCUUUUAGACUAGAGUGUUGAGGCUUGUGAUGAAUGUCAUUGCUAAAUUUCAGGGAACAUGGUCGGUUUGCUAUGUAUUUGAAACCAUGGAAUAAAAAGCUGUUCUUAUAA